AUGGCAAAGAUUAUGUGUCAUGGUUUGUUUUCCAACAAAGACAGAUCUCCAUACAGCUCUGGAGAUGUCUGUGGCUUCCUUGCUAUGGCGUGGCGCUCUGACAUUCCCUCCACACCCACACUGGCAGCCAAUGUGCCAAUUAGUGGCCUUCUCCGCAGGGGUGGGUGUACAGGAGGUGCAGGGGAACAGAGAAACCCAGGACACAGCGGAGGGAGAAACAGCAAGAGCAAACGCAUGGUAGUCCCUCCCCUGCCUUCCCUCCUCGCGGACCACAUCAACGGAAGCUCUGGCCCGACUCGAGACUCUAAUGACCAGGAGAAGGAGGCCAGGUCGCGACCCUGUGUGCCACCUCAGCACCACACCCUUCCUGUUUGGGCCCUGAGCGGGACGGGACGGAGGAGGAGAGCGGGACAGCGUGUGGAGGAGAAGGAAGAAAAGCAGCUGUUCAGCACUUUUCACUGA